UCUAUUAAUUGUAUUAUACGGUAUAUGUAUUUAAGUAAUUUGUUUGUUAUCUACGAGCUUACUACAGUUUUACACAAUUCUCCAUUAGUCAUUUUGGAUGUUUUUUCCUCGGCGAAGGUUAGUCGGGUUCACACAUGAAUUUGUUUCUGUAAAAGUUAGUAAAUAUUUAAUUUAACCUUUAGGUUCAGAUAAGUUAACUAUUAUCGAAAAGAGGUCUCGUCUAUCUUAUUUGUUACAAACCACCAAAUUUAGAUUCGAUAUUUAAUAAUUAAAAUAACUAACUGGGACCGUCAAAAGAAUAAAUAAUAUAAAUAUGUACCUAUAUAUAAAAACUAAAAAUUACUAUUUUACAUAAACAUUUUAUUUAAAAACAAUAAUAACUCCAAUAAUAUUCAACAAAAAUAAAUUAUAAAAUUACUUAUAAUCGAAUAGAGCAGCACUAAUUGUAUUAUGCAACGAUAUAGAUUAUAGGUACAACAAUACACAAACAAAAAAUUAACUUCGAUUUACGAGUCACAUUUAUAACAUAUUAUAAUAUCUGUUAAAUACAACCCUAAUUAUAACACCGAUGUAUUUUAAAAGUAUGACUCGUAUGGGAAUAAUAAUAUACGUAUAUCAGCUUGUAGACCACCCUUAAUAGUAUAGUAACUAAAUACUGAGUAUAUGCUAUUAUUUUAUUUUUCAUUUUAAUCGAAUCCGAGUUCUGCAUCGACGGAUGCCUCUUCUUCGGAUUUCAUCACCAUGUAUCUCGGCAACCAGGUGCCAAGUUGUGCAUCAUACACGGGUACAGUUUCUUCGCUGAAUGCUCCUUCCGGUCCAAAAGGAUCUACUUCCGGUAGAUCGUGCCUCGAUACCCUUUUGGCGGUCGGGUCUUCCUCGUAGUCUUCACUACUCGAGCUCUGCGCCUCAGACUGGUCGUCUUGUUCCUCUACGGACUCCACCGGCUCCUCGACAACCGGAUUCUUAUGAAGUCUGUAGUUGUUGCGUCUUCUAUGUGGCCGGUAAUCAGAAUAAGCUCCUGUAGGCUCGUAAGCGGACCUGAACAACGGGGCGUAUGCAUGCGACAGGGACGACGACGCGGGUUGAUGUUGAGUACUGUUCUGGUUGGUCGACUUGGCUCCUUCAUUCAGCGGGUUAUUGUUGAACUUUUUAGUCUCGUGGUACGACUGUUUGUGUUCUUUCGGACCUCCGUCCGUAAUGUACAUGCACUCUUCGGUUUCUGACCCCUUUUCGUCCUUGCACUUGUAACAGGUCAUUUUGUCUUUUAGCGACUUUUUGCAUUUGGACCGGUCUUUGUUGCGAAAUUCGCCCAACAUCCGGCUCACCUCGCUUUCCUCGCCUGAAUCGAAAUUAAUGCUCAGAUCCUUGCCGCCGAGCAGCUUGGACUUGGUCUUCUUGAAACCUAUCUGCCCGUUGUCUAGGAACCCAAAGUCGCCGUCUUUGGACGAAAACUUGGUCGCCAACGAACUCUUCCUGUCUGAACCCAGCUCUGGAAACAACUUCUUGAAGUAAUCGUCGUAUGUUCGGUCGCUGUCCAACUGUCUCUUGUACCUGGGACUACCGUACACGUUUUGCGUUGAAUAUUCGUAGGCGUUGUUGUCAGGAUCCGACUCGUAUUCGCAAGUCUCGUACUUUCUAUUAGUCAGGUUGUCCCUGCACACGUUACAUAUAUUACCCUUCUUUUUUACCUUAGAGCACGUGGCUGACUUGAUCGGCAUGGCAGGUAUUCGGUACUCUUCACUUUCGUUUUCGGCCGCUUCGUGAUUCUCCGGAUCUUCGUUGUCACUUUCAGCCACCGCUUCUGGAUUGUAGACGUACUCCGGCUCCUCUUCCGAUUCCUCUGCUUGAUUAGCGUUUUCGUACUCGUAGUCUUCUACUUCUUCACUCUGUGGUUUUCUGUCUACGACCCUUCUCUUAAACCGAGCAGCUUUCCCCCUAGCUGGCGUCUCCUUGAUUACCUGCGUGUCUCUAUAGUAUUCUCCGGACUGUGGUUGAGAUGAGUACGAACAUUUUUCAAAUGAUCCACCCGACGCUAUAUCUUUGCACCUCAUGCAUGUCAUUUUCCUGCCAAUCACGUCAUGAUCCUCAAUAUCACUUGGCGUCAUCGAUUUUUUUAUUUUAUGGCAAAUUUGUCGUUUUCUAGUCGGCUGCCGUCUAGACUGUAAAGGCUUGGGUUCGUUUUCUUCUUCCUCUUCGUCUAAAGGUUCGGCGGGCCGUCUGGCUUUAGCUGAUCUAGGCGGGUUCCUUUCUAUUUUAGAAUACGUUUUCAACGGUAGUAUGUCCUCAUUGCGUAUUCUCAAUGGACGAAUGUUGUUCACUUGCUGUCUCAACGGUUGAGUAUCUUCUUUGUACACUCUUAACGGUCUUCUUUCCUCCACAUCAUAUGGUGAAUAGGGUAUGUUGUCGAAACUUUGUGGUUGUCUUUGCUUGAAUGUCAAACGCUGCGAUUGAGGAUUUUGGUAAUAACUAUUACCCUCGGUCACCGGUAUUUGAUGAGCUCCGUAUCCAGAAAUUUUUUUUGGUGCGAGCUUUUUUCGGGGUUGUUCAAAUCGCGGCCUUAACGAUCCGUAGUUUGGGUGAAUAGGUCUCCAACCGUUUGCGUUUUGAGGUUCUAAACUAUCGUAGUCUAAUUCAAUGGACUGUUGUUGCACAAACGAUUGUUCAUCUUCGUCAUCCCGUCGACUACCACCCCCGCCACUGCCUCCACCGCCACCACCACCAUUGCCUCCUCCACCACCACCAUCUCCGCCAUCCCCACCACCGCCAUCACCUCCAUCACCACCUCCGUCAUCGCCAUCUCCUCCAUCGUCUUGGUGUUCGGGCAGUUCAUCAUUGAAAUUGGGGUUGUAAUUUGAGGUUUGAGCGGGAAAAUAGUUGAAAGGUCUCAGUGGUUCGAAGGUUAGCAACUUUUUGGGUUGUAUAGAUUGUUCCUGAGGCAAAUCGAUUUGUUCAAAGUCAGCAGGAUCAAAAUUAAAGUCCACAUUAGUCAUAUGCGUAUCAAUAUCUUCUUGUAGUCGAGCAAAUUCAGGAUUAGGUAACUUUGCUUGUUUGGCAGAAAAAAAAGAUCCAAACUGACCAUUUGCUGAUGCUUUUGAGUCUAUCGACGAUUUAAUGGUUUCGAAAGAUUUUUGUAGCUCUAAAUCAUGCGUGUUCUCACUGGACGUUUUAAUUGAUUUUAUUGGAACAAUUAACUCGAACACCACUAAGGUUGUAACAAUAACCGCUAGGCAAAUCUGUAAAAAAUGUUUAGUGAAAAACAAUUGAUACUAACUGGUUAAUUAUAUUUGUCAUUUGUUAUCUGGAAUCCCAUGACAGAUGAACCGUUGUAUUUAAUUUUUUACAACUGCUAUUAUUAGGUAAUCAACGGACCAUUAAAAGGGGUCAAUGAAAUACACGCUUCAUCAGCUCUAUCGUAAUAAAAAGUGUAAGAUUUUUUAGACAAUUGUGUAAUAUGCGUUUAAAUCCACCUUCUAAAACAAUUCAUCGGAACAUUAAAAUUUUACAUAUUAUAAAUUAAAACUAUAGGCUAUGAUUAUUUACGCCAUCUAAGGCGCUGGAGGUCAUGUAAAUAAAUAAUAUAAUUUCCCGUGAAAUACCAAUAUUUACAUGACUAUAACGCAUUGCGCGCGUUAAAACGGUGGCUUGUUAAAAUUGGCCAUGAGCGAAAAGUUGUUUGGCGUCUCGGAAAAAUCUAAUAUCUAUAGGUCAUUUGUCCUGGACAUUUGUUUAUAAACAAUAAAUGUUUAACAUUUUUAUGACAAACAAUCUAUUGUUAUUUUACUUUAAAAAAUGAACUAACAGAAAGUAUAGCUAAUUAAAAACAAUUGUUUUCGUCGUGGAUUAAGAAAAAAAUCAAUAAUCGAAUGUUUUUUUUAUGCAUUGGAACAUGAUUGCUCGAAAAGUAUGCAUAUAGUCUACAUCACAAGUUGUCAUAGGUUAACAAAUUAUAUUUUAAAAAUGACACCAACUAGAUUAGGUAAAUACAGACUUUCUUUCUAAUCGUGUCCAGAAACAGUAUAUUAUGUAACGUAUUAAUUAGAAUUAUUAAACUCCAGAAUAUUGUAAUCUAACAAAUAGUAUUACCUGAUGCCUGACGUGCAUGGCGUUCAUGACGCUGCAAAUAAUAUUAACAGCUAUCCUCGCGGUCGACUUGACACAUGCAGACUUGGAGCAGAUACACGUUGGGUCCACAAAAUCGCUCAAUCGGUUUGGUGUCGUAGGGUAUGUAAUGAUUGUGACUAUAGUGAGCGUGGUCCUCUGCAGUUUUGUCUCGAAGGCAACGGUGUCUUGAUCGUGUGGACGCGCCUCCCACUAGGCGCUUAUUUAAUGCGCGUUUCGCAUCCAACGAACCACAUCUAAUUGUCUACCAUGAAAAUUAAACCGUUUGAUUUUACUGCCGAGUAACGUGUGCAUAAACGCCAAACACGCAACUGAGGAAAACCAAAUACAGCCAAAGUCGACCACGCGUUAGCUGUGGACACAGGAUUUACUGCAAGCAGGAAGAAGUGUUUUGUAAGUGGGUAUGUAUAAUUCAUCUUGUAUACCUGUCGUCUUGGUUCGGUAAAAACGUAUUUUGGAUCGAUCAAUAACAAUUUGUUGGUACUCGAUCAUUUCUCUUCGAUUUAACUAACAUUUACGAGUCGCCAAGCACAGCAUUGUUAGGUUAUGGGGAUAUUGGUCUUAGACACCGCUAACCGGAUAAACGACUUAUUUCCGACAAACAGCUACUAAUUGCAAUUGUAUCGAUUAAACAACUAAUUAACAUUAAAAUACUUAACAAAAUAAGUGAGCAGAAAAAUCUAAGGGAAAACUAGGUUUUGUAAAAAAAAAAAAAAACAAGACUUGAGCGAGUCGGACAAUGGUGUGACAAACAGGUACAGUGUUCGGGUUUCGGUUGAAUUAAGACUUAAGGAAUUACUUUUGUUACAACCAGUCGAGGACUGUCUAUUAAAUGAACACCCCAAGAUUUUUAACAACUACAGAAGUACAGACCACCGACGUUGGGAAAUGCGGUUUUCGCGAUGAUGCGUUUGGAUCGUUCUAUUGUAAUAUAUUAAAAUGCGCAUAAUGUUAUUUUUAACGCUACGAUACCGCAAAUUAGCCUACUUUAAAUAACAUAAUAAUUGUAAAAAUCUAACAAAUAAUGUUGCAUAACGACCUAACGAUUAUAACCGCUUCUUGAAUGAAAGGACAUCGGUCUCCAACAGUACUAACCAAACCGUAAUCAUGACUGGUCCAAUCGUACGCCACAUCCAUCAAAGGAACCAAUAGCACAAUGACCCGCUGGCAUUACUGAUAAACAAUUGCUUGAAGACACCUGUAUGAAAAUUUCUCAGAACCCUGUGGUAAUGCAGACGUGCGAUGCCCGGUUCUUAUGGCUAAUGCUAAUAGCCGCUGUCACGAAAUGCACGAACUCUGAACGAAAAUUGUCAAGUAAUGAAUAUACAUUGCAUCCGAUUUCAAUAGAUUCUUGGAUGUCGCCAUCAUCACAAUAUGAACAUUCUGACUAUGAUAAGAAAAACGCAGAAAAAUCCAGCCACAAGAAAGGUGGUAAUGAAAAAGAAAACAAAGAAAGAUAUAACAAGGGAGUAUUGUUGAAAGAAGAAAAACAAACAAAAUACGGUGAAAAUAAAGGUAAGAAAGAUAGUCAUCAUGACGGAGGGGAAGAAAGCGAUUACAAAUAUACACACGGUAAAAAGAAGAAAGGAGCAAAACACAAAAAAGGCGAAAAACACAAAAAAUUCAAAAUCAAAAAAGGAUUUCGAAAUAAACAACAUAAAGACGAAAAACAUAAAGUUAAUCAAUUUUGGGAUAAUUAUGAAACAUACGGUACGUUCAAGAAAUUCGGUAAGAAAAAAACCAAAAAGUUAGACGGCGAUAGAGAAAUUAAAAAAAAGAAAACCAGAAAAGAGAGUAAAUCGCAGAAAGAAAAUAAGAAGAAAGGUAAAACAAAGAAAAAAUCAGGAAGCAAAGGAGAGACAGGUCACCACAAAAAAAAAAAAAGCGGAUCCCAUUACAAUCAUAAGUCUGAGUAUCAUAAAGAGAAAAAAUCGAAAAAACACAAAAAUACAAAAGAUGUUAUCAAAACUCGUUAAAUGUCUCAAUAAUAAUAAGUAACUACAAUAAAUAAUUAAAUAAUUUAUGUAUUACGUAAUUUGUAAUGUGAGCACUAUAAAUAAUAAUGAUACAAAAAUAGAUAAUAUAAAGAUAAUAAUUGUUAUAUAAGUACGAUAAUAUA